UGCAAUCUGUAACAGGGAUUUUGCAGGAAAGGAAAAAAUGCUAAUAUGAGGCUCUGCUUGUGUUUUAAUGAUGACUGAUCCAUGGGAAGGGAACGGUCUCAGUAACCCAUCUACAGGUUUUAUGCAUGUGGCGCUUCUGCAGUACAAGCUUUUAGAGUAUUAACUGCAUUAACCCUUUCUUCGAUGACCCAUCUCUUAGGAUUUACAUGAAUCCAUUUCUGACGACUCAUUGUAUCAGACGAUCCUUACGGAGUUUACUUUAGAGCUGGAAGGGCUCAGGGAUCGAACACAUUGAACACGUUUCUUGCUCUCCUUGUAGAGAAGUUUGCAAUUUGUAGCAGAUGGAUAUGCACCGGUCGCUCACAAGCGAUCUGGAUAUUGGAUGUAUGGUCUGUAUUGACUACUCUAAAGGUCCGAUAGUCUCACCUCUGGGUACGUUACAACCGGGUUUGCCUACUUAAUUGGGUGUUGGCUAGAAGGUAAAGGAGGGCUGGGGAAUCGAGAAAGAGAUAGAUCAAUCUUCUCACCUCUGCGUACUUGCAGAAGGGAUUGCCUACCUGAUUGGGCUUUGGCACGAAGAGAAGGGAGAAAGGAGUUGAAUAAAGCGCGAACCUUUUUAGUUUGGAUUCUGCUCACCGUGUGGCAGUUCGUUAAAUGGUUGGCAACACUGGAGAUGUUGAUAAUAUUUGUCGAGAGUAAAGCUACUGUACAGACACCGAACUUUCUUUUGCAGAAUUAAUAGAUUCGGUGAAGCCGCUAGCUAGGGUUUCUGCAUAUGCAGACGGAUUGACGGAUUCUUACUAGGGUAAGGAUUUUGUUGUUUUUGAUGAAUGACGAUCUGGGGAUAGGUUAUAUUAAUGAAGUGGUCUGAAAAUGGAACUUUUCAGAUGGCAAUAUAGUUAAGUUUUAAGAACGCCCUUUGUCAAGUCUGACUCACAGGAGUAUCCUACUAAACUAAGAACGGUUAGUUCUUGAGAUUGAGCUUCGUCGCCUUUUAUUAUGUGAAGAAAUAGGCAUUGGACCCUUGAUUGGUCAACGUAAGCUCUUUGAGCUCAUCAAAUAUUACAAGCAGGUUUGGCCCCCAAACUUAGCCACACAGAGUUGGCUUUUGAGAAUAAACUUUACUACCUAUAUUUUAUAUAGGCAUUGCAGUAAUGGUUGGCAAGUGUUACCUGUAUUAUCUUGUUUUGCAACUUAUAUUGUGUUAUGCUUGAUGGACUGGAUAUCGAUGGUGGAAAUACAGACUUUUGUUUGAAGUUUGGGGAAUUUGGUCUUUCAGGGAAACCAUCAGGAAGCCGUUGGAAACGUGGAUAUUUAAGAACUUUCUGCUAUUGGAUUCAGAACCUGUUAGAUCUCAAGAAUGAGAUCUGCAGCUUAUAUUUCGUUGCGAUUAGGGGAUUGAAUGGUAACGGUAAAUAAAUAGGCAUUAAACUACUAGUUAGAGAUGCAAUCUGUCGCUGAAAGUAAUUUCGUUCUUGAGCUUAACAACAUCUCGCAAAGAGGAUUGCCCCAAGAAAUGCAGAUUUAGUCCUUGAGAAUGAGUUUUGCAACCUAUGUUAUGUCGUCUUUAAUGAAUUGAAGGAUAGUGGCAGGCAGAGACAGAAAUUGGACUCUGUUUUUUGCGAAUGUAAAACUCUCAUGUAACCAAUAGCCAGCCAAUACAUGCACCCAUUCUGUCACAGGAGCUUUUGAGCUGCUGAAUCGAGGAACUGCAAUUUUUUCAUACAGUACAGACGGAUCUUGUUCUUUAUUUGUGUUGAAAGAUUGCUUGCCAAAAGGAAACUAUAGGAUACUUUUAGACCAAGGUUAAAACUGUUUUUUUGGAUUGUACUGGGAAAAAUGGUCAGUGGCAUGGAGCAACUUCCGCUAGAUGGACAUGGCUGGCAUCUAGCCAUUAUUUUUCUUUAAGUUUAUCCAUGCAGUGGUUUGCAGGGGCUUUUUAGUAUGUUCACGUGAGGACCAUGUGGAGCUUAGAAUGUGUAACAAAUGCAACUCUAUCCUUUUUGAACUCCAUUGAUCUCUGGGGUUUUUGACAGACAUCGGAAUGAAGCUAUAUCAUUGGAAAUGAAAGCAUCGCCAUGCUGUUGUCCUCUGCCAAUCAUUGCAUUUAUUACCGAACAUCUGGACAUACCUCUUGUCAUGGAAUAACUCAAUUAAAAGUGAAAACAGAUUAUAGAGGGAUCGAGUUUCACCAGCACCCUUCUCCCCUCAAUUGAUCUUAAACGGUCUUUGGUGGACAACUGAACAUAUUUCUUGCCAUGAAAUGGCUUCGUUGGAAGUAAAUAUAUUCUCACUGAUUGGCAAAUCAUGAAUACUGGAUGUCGAAUAUGAUAACUGAAGAGUGCAUAUGCUCAGCUUGCAAAAAGAUGGAAGGUGGAGAAAUAACCAUCAUUAGAGUGGAUGAUCAGGGAGAAUACAGAGCAAUUUCCACUGAAGAGUCUUGGAAAGAUAUUAAAAGUACAGAGGUGACGGGUGGUGAGCCUGUUUGUACAUUUUGUGGCUGUGAGGACAGUGAAAAAUUUGAGAAAAUGAUUUCCCUUUGCCAUUGCAAUGGAGGUUCAGUUGUUGCCCAUCCUAGCUGCUUGCGUGUUUCCCAGGCAGAUCCCAGGGCAGGGGGAAAUCAGGCACUGACUUUAUGUAAAGUUUGUGGUGGCAGUGGUGCUUCUUCUAUUGGAGUUGACGGAAUGGUUAAUGCAGCCUCAACAGAAGAAGGCUCUUCUAAGCUGGUCGAUUUAAACUCAAGCUUGAGUAGAGACUCUCAUAAUCUUACUCCAAAAAAAGGAGUAAAGCACAACCCUAGUGACUUGACGAAUGGAGGGUCUGGAGCAGCUGAACAGCUUGAGAAUCAGCCUCCUUUAAAGAGGUUUAAGGGAGAGAGUGGCAGAAAAACUUUUGAGGUAUCACUUAAGGAUGACUUAUCUACUGCUGAAUCUGAAAAGCUUGGAGUUACUGUUCCUGCACGACGUUUUGAUGAUGCUAUUGUAAGCGUUCCCAUUAAAAAACGGAAAUUUUGGCCUCCAUCUCCACCACCUUCCUCCCCCAAAGCUUCUUCUCCAUUGGAGCCACUACAUUCAGAGCCUCCAGUUUCGGCCGUUCAUUCUGGCAGGUUAUCAGGCACAGAGGAAGAACAAGGUCCCUUAAAUACACAUAGGGAGCAGCAAGUGGCAGAUGGCAUGGAUAUUGCAGGGGAAUCUAUUCAAGAAAAAUCUGUGAUGUUAGUUGGUGAUAUGCUGAAUGAGACUAGAGGAAAAGCUUCUAGUUCUGUAGAUUGUUUUUCAGAGGACACCGUUGGUAAUGUUGACAUAUCAGGAGUGUCAACCUCAACUAUGGAUGCUUCCACGAGUAAGCUAGUGAGGAACAGCUUGGACGAGAGAGUAUCUCAAGUUGGAUAUCCAGGCUUUGAAAAUGCUAAGUCUGUAGCUGUAAACUUGAAAGAUACUGGCAUUUGUAACCCAGAAGAUCCACAACACGAUAAUAUGCAUGAGGAUACUCAAAAUCAAGGAGGACUGCAUGAGAGACAAGAUCAUCAUGUUCUGGAGAGUAAUUUGCUAUCAGUUUCGCCAAAUAAAAGUUACAUAAGCAAUGAAAUUCCAGCUUGUAAUAGUUCCAAUGAAUCAGUGGAUAAUGUUGCAUGCAGGGAAGAAACAGAGUUGGCACUAGGUCGCAAGAGCACUUUAGAAUCUAGUAAUCGUUCAGAAGUAGUACUUGGCAUUAAAGUGACAUCUGAAGCAGGGGAGUGCUCUCAACAUAAAUCUCUAUCUCCAUUGAAAGAUGGGCAGAAGCAAGAGAAAGGAAUGCUUUUAAAGUUGAAUUCUGGUUAUUUUGAUGAUGACAGAUCACACUGGGACUUAAAUACCCCUAUGGACUCUUGGGAAAAACAACCGGAGGCUGUAACUAGUGAUCCUGAAACUAAGUGCAGUGGAAAAUUACCAAUAGGUAAUGCAAUCGACAUAAAUUCUGAACGCUUGGAUAGUAUUCCAGUACAAUUAUUUGUUUCAGAUGCCAAGUUUAACAGUAGAAAGCCUGAGCAAGAUAUGUUAAGCAAGGGAUUGCAGUCAGAACAGAAUGAUCAUGUAGUGCAUUCUUUAGAAGGCUUGGCCCUUGAUAAAGAUUCAGUACUUGAUAUGACCCUUGGUCUUCAGGCUGAUGCUUUGCUCAAUCAUCAUCCUGUCAAUCCUCAGAGUAAGUUUAACCGGCCUCUCAUCUCCAAAAGCCUUUCAAUAUCAUUAGAUAAAUCAAAUCCUGAGAGGAAUUUAGACCUCUCCAUUGCAAAUUCAGAAAUGCCAUGCGAACUAGCUGAUGGCAUUUCUUCAACUGAAGUCCAAGAUGGCAAGCAUUCUGUAGAGAGUCCUCCUGAUGUUAUUCUGGGGAAAGAACCCCGACUGCAAAGUGAUGAACAAACAGAUGCGAUGAUGAUUGAUGUUAAUGCAGACUCACUUGAUAAGCAUUCGUCUCCUGUAAUGCAUGAUUUUGAAUCUAUCGAAGAUAGUCAUGAAGCAAGUGCUCUCACUGAUGCUAAAGGAAACUUGAGGUGUCUUCCAAUAAGUCAAGAAUUUCCUGAUUGUCAAGAAAAAUCAUCUCCAUCUCUUCCAGCAGGUAAGCAAGAUUUAAAUGAGAUUAUUGACGAGGACAUGAAUGUUGAUGAUACACAUACAUCAGUUACCUGUGAGGUUGAUGCUGGUGCAGAGAAUAUUGACAUCCCUGGGGAAGAUGUGGGUGGAUUGGAUAAACAGUCAGCAGAAGAUGUGGGUGUAUUGGAUAAACAGUCAGCAGAAGAUGUGGGUGGGUUGGAUAAACAGUCAGCAGAAGAUGCGGGCGGGUUAGAUAAACAGUCUGCAGAAGAUGCGGGCGGGUUGGAUAAACAGUCCGCAGAAGAUGCCAAAGAAAUUGCAUAUGGUGGUGACUAUGAAACAGAUGGCUAUGAUGAUGAAGAUGAUAUUGCUUCUGAUGCUGAAAAGUUUGUUGAACUGGCUGAAGAUGAAAACCAAGGGGAAGAAGGAGAAUACAGAGAAACGGAGGAGCUUCAUGAUUGGAUUGAAGAAGAUGUGGGGGAAGAACUGGAAGAUGAACAUGUUGAUUAUGGUGAUUCUGAUUUUAGGGAUGCUGAUGAUCUUGGCAUGGAACAGUAUGACAAGGGGAAAGAUAUGGAACAUGAAAGGAUUUGUGAUGAUAUCGAGAAGUUUGAAAUGGAUGAUCAAGAGGCACAUGAUCUACAAGUUGGAGCAGAUGGGCAAGUUACCAUACCUGAAACAACAACAUCUGGAACAGGCAUUGAACACAGUACUGAAAAAGAGACGCAUAAAGCUGAUGGUAUGAUAUCUCAAUUCCCUGAACUUUUAACUGAAAAUAAAGGAUUAGAGAUUGAACCUAAUUGCAGCCUAGAUAUGAAUAAGGAUUUUCUAAGAUCAAGAGAUGUAAGGCUUUCCACUUCAUCACGGCCAAAAUCUUCAGGAUGGGAUAAAUUGCCGGAAGGAUAUGAAAAUGUAGAUGAAGCAUUCAAGGCUGUCCAAGACAUAAUCAGCAAGCGCGGUCGAGGGUCUCCCUGGCCUACUGGGGGCAGAUUGGGACCGAUGUCUGCUAGAAUCCCAUCCUCACGAAUAGAUGCUGGAUUCAGGGAAAGAAUGACAUCUGAUGAUUCUAUACAUGGGAAAGAAGCAUUCUAUAUGCGUGGAAGGGAUGGAAGUCUUUCAACAAGUCCAAGUUUUGCUUCAAGAAAACCAACCAGAGGCAGAAUUGUUGGAAGAGGUGGGCCUUCUCGGGGGAUUCACCAUAGGGGAAGGGGUGAUCCAUGGGGUGAUGGUGCAAGCAGUCAUUGGGGUUCAAGUAGGCAUCACUCACCUCCUGACUAUUAUGGCACUAAAGUUGGAUUCGGAUCCCCUCGUUCUGCAAAUGCUGCUGCAGUUUCUGCUGCCAAGGUUGAAAGCAGUGGGUUUCUUGUUGCCAGUGAUGGCACUGUAACAAAGAUUACUCGGGGAGGUGGUCGUGGUCGAAGAGGCCGCAGUACAUUGAUGGGAAGGGGAUCUGGAAUGGAUAUUGAGGAGAGCCUAGAUUUUGGAAUGCAGAUGAGCAUGGGAAGUGGUGCUAUGAUGUCUGAGACAGGGUUGAAUGCCAGCAGGGAUCGGACCGUCACUAUGCGAACUGAUGCUGGUGGUCGUGUAAGUCGAGAACGUUAUCGAGAACCAUCAUUUGGACAUAGCAGGUGGGAUCAUUCAAUUGGUGAUUCCCCACGCAGGUCAAUGGACCAUCGCUUGAGAGAAAGGAAUGGGAGUUUUUCACCUCCUCCAGGAAGGAGAUUGACUCGGAUGUCUCGUUCACACACAGAGUCUCGUUCAAGGUCAAGAACACGAUCUCCACGGCUUAGGUCCUCGCCAAGGGGAAGGGCUGGUGGUAUCAUUGAUCGAGGACCAACAAUCAGAAGACGAAGUAGGUCUCCUGUGCUAAGAUCUGAGGCUAGGAUAGAGAGGCUGAAGUCCCCUAUAUAUCACCGUGUUGGCUCCUUUGAACAUAAGAUGUCUUUCAGAACUCAGCGGACCUCUCCACAGUCAUCAAAAUGGUCCUAUGAUAGAAGAGAUACAAGUCAUUUCAGAGAUUCUGACUACAGGAGACCCUUUGUGCGCUCAGGUAGUCCAAGGAGAAUUUCUCCUCGAGUUGUUCACGAAUCUAGUUUGACAGAAUCACCAGGAAGGUUAAAGCACAGUGACUACCGUGGGUCAAUGUAUUCAUCUAGGACAGCAGAUUUAAACUGUGAGAGUAGACGCUUCAAGCAUGAUGAAAAUGAAGACAUCAGGGUAAAGCAGAGUGAUAUAUCUGGUAGGGGAGCUGGGGAAGGAGGUGGUAUGGAUGUUAGACGGUUUAGACACCAGGAAAAUGAGAGUGAUUGUCAACCUCGAAGCUCCUGUACUAAAGAUUCUGGGAUCUCAAGGGAACAGGGCACUGAAGACCACAAUAAUAGGUUAUAAGCACAAAUUGGUUGCUAGGAACAAUGUCUUGGAGAAGAAGAAAGCUCAAUUAUACAGGGCAUGGAUCAACCAUAUGAGUUGGUUUGAGUUAUGUGUUGCCUGAGUAUUAGUAUGAGCCUAUUGCAUUUUCAGAAGACUUCCCUUUGGGUUUUUGUUCAGGGAACGCAUCUGAUUGGGAUGUUCACUUGUUGGGUUCUAAGCUCCACAAUAUAUGUAAAGUUUGAGAGUUUAUACUAGGAUCUUUGCAGGUUUGGUUUUUAUAAAUUACAUGCUUAUCAUAGUAUUAAGCAAACAAGCAUGCCAUUGCUAUUACUGUACCAUGUCAUUCUCUUGGAACUCUUGGGUGGAUCCCCCUUUUAUAAGUUGGCAUCCAUCGUGUAAAAGUAGUUCCGAGCCCUGUGUUUUUAUCAACCCAACCAUGGGAUUUCUAGUUUAGUGGUAAAGAUCCACUUUCUUGGUCUGAAAUCAUGCAGAUCAGGUAUUGGUACUGUUGAAUUUUUGAUACUUUUUGGAAAAAGAUGUCACUCCUGCUCACGACUUAACACAUGCAUUGUAUAAAUGGGCUACAAUCAGUAGUCUGCUCAAUUUUGUUUUUCUUCAGCUCCAUUGAUUUUUCUAUUGUGCACACCAACUAUUUGUGGAAAUAUAUGGGUUCUCAUUGAAUUCA